AUGCUGAACCAGGAUGCCUGCACCUUUUACAAUGACCAUGCUGUUUACGAUACAUUCGGCGGUAUCGCUUUUGAAGGUGAAGAAGGCAGGCGAAUCGCAGGUGCUCUGGGCGAUAAACGGUGCGCGAUUCUCAAGAAUCACGGGCUUCUGACGACAGGGAGCACUGUCGACGAGGCAGCGUUCCUCUUCACGCUAAUGGAGAAUACCUGUCGGGCACAGUUGCUCGCCGAGGCUGCCUCGGCUUCUGGGAUUCGAAAGCACAUAUGUCCUCAUGAAGAGGCAGAGUACACAUACAGACUCACAACGCCAGAAUCCAUGUGGUUGGAAUUCCAACCCGACUACGAAUACGAGUUGCAGGAAUCGGGUGGGAGCUUGUUGAAUUAG